AUGAGCAGUUCUUCCUCCUCCUCCCGUCAAGGUGCCCGCCGGCACGUCUACGGUAUUCCAACCAAAUGUUGGUGUGGCCAACCCCUCGAUACCUGGGUCUCAGACACAAAGGAGAAUCCUGGUCGCAGAUUCUACAGAUGCCGAAUUGCGCUACAGAACAAAACAGAGAGUCAUCUCUUCAAAUGGAUUGAAGAAGCCCUUCAUGACGAGAUACGAAUUGUAGACGCGAAGCGCAUGGAUCUACUUAGAGACUUCCAAGCAUUUACCAUCAACACACAAGCUCAGCUCGAUUCACAGAGAAACUGGAUUGAAAGUCGUGAUGAACAGCUCAAGAAAGAAAUGUUGCAGAUGACUACAACCAUCGACGAGGCGACUAAGAAGAUGACUGAACAAUUUGAUGCAGAGCUCGCCACCCGCAUCAAGACUGCAGCAUUUGUGGCCAUUUGCGGAGCUAUGUCUUACCUCUUUUGGAAGCUACGUUAA